AGAGGAGACUGUUUCAGAUUGAGAGCCUGAGAGUGCUUCAGAGAGAACUAUAGACAGCUUCUAUCAGAUAAACAGACAGCGUCUACUAAAGCCAGAGACUGCCUAUAACAGAGAGUGCAUUUCUCAGAAAGCCAAGCAUUUCCCUUCAGUAAGAGGCAGAGGCAGCUUCUGCUAGGAAAAAGAGAAAGCUAAUAUCACUUACUUUUCAAGGAUCAACAGCAACCAGCAAAAGCCAAAAUGUGCAAAGGAUUAGCUGCCCUGCCCCACACCUGCCUGGAGAGAGCCAAGGAGAUUAAGACAAAACUUGGUACGCUCCUCCAGAAGCCAGAAUCUGCUUUCGAUCUGAUAAUCCCGUACCCAGAAAAGACUGAGAAACCACCAAAAGUUCCUAAACCAUCGACGGAAGAAGCUUUGCAGUGGAAAGAUUCUCUGGAGAAACUGCUUCAGAACAGCUAUGGACUCUCUGUGUUCCAGAGUUUCCUGAAAUCGGAAUUCAGUGAGGAGAACAUUGAGUUCUGGAUGGCUUGUGAAGAGUACAAGAAGAUCAAGUCUCCUGCCAAGAUGGCAACUAAGGCCAAGAAAGUUUAUGAGGAAUUCAUCCAGACAGAGGCUCCUAGAGAGGUGAAUAUCGACCAUUUCACCAAAGGCGUGACUAUGAAGAAUCUGGUGGAACCAUCACCUACCAGCUUUGAGCUGGCCCAGAAGAAGAUCUUUGCUCUGAUGGAGAAGGACUCCUUGCCCAGAUUUGUUCGGUCGGAGUUCUAUCAGGAAUUGAUCAAGUAGCAGUGUGGCAGAGCUGUGCAGUGCAUCCCCAGCACACCAUAAGUUCUAGAAUGGUUGGCUGGCACUUUUUUCCUUCAGUCACUUUGAUUAAUGGACACUUUUAUUGACGCUGUUGUAGCCAAGGUGCCCUUUUUGAGCAUAAAAAAACAUGUGUCUGCAUAAUUCCUGACCCGCUUAAAUAAUGAUACAUAUCAUAGAUUCAGGGAGCUAAAGCAAAGAACCCAACUCUUCUGAAAUAAUCAAUAAUUAUGUAAGUGACUUAUUGUCUACUGAUUGAUCACUUCACUGUUAUACAUGUAUCCAACAUAAAAUACAUUUCAUAUCAUCCUA